CGCUUGGAGCCUCGCUCUGGCACACAGGUAGUACUGGGAAGCUUCGCCAUAUUGAGAGCGGAAGCUGCGGCGACGAAAAAGGAAAGGCAGCGUUGGCGAGAGCGACGGCUGGCAAGGCGGAUCCCGGGCAAGGAAAGGCGCGGUAGCCGUGUCCCGGAACGGGCAGGCCCGGCUCGCCUGCUUCGCGGUCCUGAGGCUCGGCGCGCUCCCAGCCGCUUCAGAUCCGGUGGGCGAGCCGGGCUGAGCUCGAGCCGCCCCGCUGCCCGCUGCCUGCUUGGCGCGGUCCCGCUGCCCACGUACCCGCUGCUCGCUCCCGGCGCGGUCGGUGCCAGCGGCGGCGAGGCUGACGGGCGCGCGGUCGGGUCCGGCUGCGAAGAUGCCGCUCGCCCAGCUGGUGGACCCCUGGCAGAAAAUGGCUGUGGAGAACGAGAGAGAGUCACCAUCGUUUCCCCUAUGUAAACCUCUCCACAGCCAGAAACCGACUGAGGGCCCAAGCAGGGGCACUACACUACGUGACUUCACCACUCGAUGUCAGGCUAGUAUUGCUACACAACAUAGCAGUUCUCUACAGUAUGAGCAGGAUGGGCAGCAAAUGGUAGAUGAACCCAUGUCCGAAGACGAAGCAGUUCUUCAACCUCAAGAUCAAGAAAAUGAACAGGAGAUACCAAUUACGUGCCUUGUUAAAGAAGGCUGUGAAAAGGCUGAUCCCUCACAGUUUGAAUUACUUAAAGUUCUGGGACAAGGGUCAUUUGGAAAGGUGUUUCUGGUUAGGAAAACCCAUGGGUCUGAUGUUGGGCAACUAUAUGCUAUGAAGGUGCUUAAAAAGGCUACAUUAAAAGUAAGAGACCGAGUUCGGACUAAAAUGGAACGUGACAUAUUAGUUGAAGUGAAUCAUCCAUUCAUUGUCAAAUUACACUAUGCUUUCCAGACUGAAGGGAAGCUCUACCUUCUAUUGGAUUUUCUCAGGGGAGGAGACUUGUUUACACGGCUAUCCAAAGAGGUUAUGUUCACCGAAGAGGAUGUGAAGUUUUACCUUGCAGAGUUGGCACUUGCUUUAGAUCAUCUACAUAGUCUGGGAAUUAUCUACAGAGAUCUAAAACCAGAAAAUAUUCUGCUGGAUGAAGAGGGUCAUAUUAAACUGACAGAUUUUGGGUUGAGCAAAGAGUCUAUCGAUCAUGAGAAGAAAGCCUAUUCGUUCUGUGGUACAGUGGAGUACAUGGCGCCAGAAGUAGUCAACCGAAGGGGUCACACUCAGAGUGCCGACUGGUGGUCUUUUGGUGUUCUCAUGUUUGAGAUGCUUACAGGCACCUUGCCUUUUCAAGGGAAGGACCGAAAGGAAACUAUGACGAUGAUACUGAAAGCAAAAUUGGGAAUGCCACAGUUUUUAAGUCCAGACUCCCAAAGUCUUUUGCGAAUGCUUUUCAAACGCAACCCAGGAAACAGGCUAGGAGCUGGUCCAGAUGGUGUUGAAGAAAUUAAGAGACAUUCUUUCUUUUCCACUAUUGAUUGGAAUAAAUUGUGCAGAAGAGAAAUACAGCCACCUUUCAAACCUGCAAUCGGUAGGCCAGAGGAUACUUUCUAUUUUGAUCCAGAGUUUACAGCAAAAACACCAAAAGAUUCCCCUGGCAUUCCACCCAGUGCCAAUGCUCAUCAACUCUUUCGUGGAUUCAGUUUUGUGGCAAUUACCUCAGAGGAAGAACCCCAGCCCAUGCAAACAGCUGUACAUCCAGUUAUACAGUUGCACAGAACUAGUAUUCAGUUUGUAGACAAUUAUGACCUGAAAGAGGACAUUGGUGUGGGUUCUUACUCAAUCUGCAAGCGAUGUGUGAACAAAUCUACAAACAUGGAUUAUGCUGUCAAGAUAAUUGAUAAAAGUAAGAGAGAUCCUUCUGAGGAGAUUGACAUCCUACUUCGAUAUGGGCAGCAUCCCAAUAUUAUUACCUUGAAAGAUGUUUAUCAUGAUGGUAAAUAUGUGUAUCUAGUGACAGAACUCAUGAAAGGGGGAGAAUUGCUGGACAAGAUUCUCAGGCAAAAGUUUUUCUCUGAACGCGAAGCCAGUGCUGUAUUGUACACCAUAACAAACACUAUGGACUAUCUGCAUGCACAGGGGGUGGUGCACAGAGACUUGAAACCGAGUAACAUCUUGUAUGUGGAUGAGUCAGGCAACCCAGAGUCGAUUCGUAUCUGUGACUUUGGGUUUGCCAAGCAGCUGCGUGCUGAUAAUGGCCUUCUCAUGACUCCGUGUUACACAGCUAAUUUUGUUGCUCCUGAGGUCUUAAAGCGGCAAGGAUAUGAUGCAGCUUGUGAUAUAUGGAGUCUUGGUGUUCUCCUUUACACUAUGCUCACAGGAUACACCCCCUUUGCUAAUGGGCCUGAUGACACUCCUGAAGAAAUAUUGGCAAGAAUAGGUAGUGGAAAGUUCAGCCUGACUGGAGGUUACUGGGAUACAGUUUCUGAAGUUGCUAAGGAUCUUGUAUCAAAGAUGCUUCAUGUAGAUCCACAACAAAGAUUGUCUACCAGCCAGGUCCUCCGACACCCCUGGAUUAUUCAUCGGGAUAAACUGCCACAGUUUCACCUAAACCGUCAGGAUGCACCUCAUUUAGUAAAGGGGGCCAUGGCUGCUACUUACUCUGCGCUGAAUCGUACACCAUUACAGCCUGUUCUAGAACCAGUCGGCUGCUCAAAUCUGGCCCAGAGAAGGGGUGUUAAGAAACUUACCUCAACUGCUCUUUAAAGUGACCUCUGCUGAAAACUGGAUUCACGGCAGCCUUAGACAUUCACGUGUAUCUCAAAGAACAGAGAACGUACCAUCCCAGUUAUCUUUAUAUGCUGCUUUUUGUCUUCUGCUAGUCCUGCUUUGAACAAUUGGGUACCAGGAUAUUGGGAAUGUAUUCUUUGGAUGGAAUGUGAAGCAGAAUACUUGGGAACAAAGGUUAUUUGGGUAAAAGCAUAGAAACUUGGCAUUACAAUGAACACUGUACUACUUGUAUUUGUAAAUUAGCAAUAGGAAAAGCACUCAAACAGUGAAUUUCUACUGGGAAUGUGUAAGUCCAUCUGGAUUGUUUUUGUUGUAAUUAGGGAUUUUUUUCUAAAGUUUAGCACUUGAGUUGAAGUACAUCCUAUAUGUGUUAUCACUGUAAACCUUGUGCCAUUUUUGAAUGCCAUGACUUUUGCAUAGGCAGUGACUCUCAUUGCUUUUUCUCCCAGCAUAGUCCUCCACUAGUCUGUCUGUAUCAAUGGCUAUUUUCACACUUACCUGAUCAGUAUUCCAUGAUUGAAAAUUUUGUUGGGUACUGUUAGCAGCUGAGGAACGCUUUAUCUCCUUGCCUGCAUUUUGAGUCAAUUGCUAAACAACUAAAUCUACUGUAAUCUAUAGAUCUUUGAAAAGGCAGCCUACCAACUAUAGCAUGUAUUUGUGAGACUUUUACUUUUGUAUGAGACAGAGGAUGUUUAUAAUCCUUUACAAUAUAAUUUAGCAUGAUACGGGGAGGGUGACGGUCAUAUUUUUGCCACUCACUGUGGCAGUGAACAAAACAUUGAAUUUCUCAAAUGGAUUCACCUUGGCAUUUGAGUUGCAGUGAUUCUAUGAGUAGAAAUAGAAGUCCAUUGAAAAUCACUUACUGUGUGUCCAUCACGUCUUCAGCUUUAACAUUCUUAAAGAUCAUAGUUUAAAGAUGGGAUGCGAUUGUAAUGAUUUGAAUACUAUACAUUAAAUGUUGCCAUUCAAUUAUUGUAGCUCGAAGGGAAGGUGUAAAGAUGAGGGAUGUAAUUAUUUUGAAAUUCAAAAUCUACUUGGUGAGUUUUUAAAAUGAAGCUGUAUCACAGAUGUAAUAUUUUUCUACACUUCUAUAAAAUCAAACUUUAUACCAGACUCCACCACAUAGCAUGGCACUGAAGUGGAUGUAUAAGGAUUUUUUUUAUACUGUCUUUACCAAAGUAUGAAUUUGGUAGCAGUCUGAAGUUGGGUUCAGCUGACACCUGGGCGAUGCUGCCAGUUAACUGGAUUGAUUAGAAUAGUCAAUGCUGCAAGAGAUAGACUUAAUUGUGCCUCAUUCUGGUAUAGAAUCAGAAUGUUUUCAUUUGAAAUUUAAUGUUACCCUGGCCUAAUCCCAGGUCCAACCAGGAGAGUGGAAUCAAAUCUAUCAGUACUUAUGUUGCUCCUUGUGGGCUGGCAAUUUUUUUGUAAUCAUGAGGAAAAACUGAAAUUUAUACAAAAUAAAACUUCAAACUUAAUAAAAGUAUGCUGUCAUCUUA